AUGAACCAGAACCCGAAAAAUUCUAACAUUCGUAGUUACUUGAGAUCUCUCCCUACACAAGGACAGGCAGAAUGGUAUUGGGCAGAAUUUUCAAAAUUAAAAAAAUCGAAUCCCAAUACCUUCAAUAUGUGUGUAGAUUUUUGGAAAAACGUCUUGAAGGAAACAAGUAGACAAGGCUGGUUAGGGGAAAAUAUUAUUUGUUUAGACACAAGUGUCCAACUCGAGGAAAAAUUUCAAACUAACGGUUAUCAUCCUAUGAGCCUUCCUUGUGUUUUUAAUGAAUUAUAUAUUAAUGCGGAAUUGCUUCCUUUCGAAGAAUUUAUGACUUUACAAAAUCAAUCUUGGAUAAAAUGGGCAAUUUCAAAACUUAUAUUAAAUCCAAUUCAAAAGAUUAUUAAUUCAAAAAUUUCUUCAACAAAAUGGAUAAUAAUGGAUUUAUUAAAAGAAGCCGCUGAUGGAGUUAUUUUACAUCAAGAAAAGAAUGCCAUUCAUAAAAUUACCGAUAAUCUUUUCACAAUGAAAAUGCUUAAAGCUGAAUUCGCGUCAGUGGUAUUUCCAGGAGUUAUACUUUCAGAUGAUGAUCUAAAAGUGUUAAUAACUUAUUUAGAAUUUAAACAAAAAAUUUUAGUAAAAAAUGAAGAAAAUAAUAUUAUUAAAUUCAAAACAAAAAAUCCUCUUGAUAAAGAAAAUUUUGAAAUUACAUCUACCGAUCGUGGAAUUACUGCUAUCAGAGAAACGUGUCAAAAAUUACAUCAACAAAUACAAGAUCUUGAAUUUCGUAUAAAAGAAAUUUCAACGAAAAUCAAUGAAUAUAUUGUUCGUAAACAAAAAGUUUCAGCUAAAUAUUGUUUAAGGCAAAAGAAAAAUCUUGAACAAGUUUUAAGUAAAAGGCUUGGGUCUCUAGAAGUAGUUGAAGAAAUUCUUUUAAAGAUUCAAGGUGCUGCUUGUGAUUCAGAGAUAAUAGAUAUAUAUAAUGUUGGAACAAAUGCUUUACGCAGUAUUUUUGAAUCUGCUGGACUUACUGCAGAUUCAGUAGAAGAAACAAUAGAUAGAUUACAGGAUGUUUUGGCUGAUCAAAAAGAAAUUGAUAAUGCCAUUAAAUUGGGGGCAGAUUCUUUAUCUGACAAAACAAUUGACACAGAUAAUGAAUUGGAAAAGGAGCUUGAAGAAUUAUUGGCUGAUGAAAAUAUUACAAAAGAAUUUCAAAAAUUGCAGCUGGAAUUUUCAAAAAUUCCACAACUUUCUGGAAAUAAUAAAGAUGAAGAGAGAGAACUUGAAAAUAAUAAAGGUGAAAAGAGAGAACUUGAAAAUAAUAAAGGUGAAGAGAGGGAACUUGAAAAUGAAGAAAAAGAUCUUGAAAAUGAAGAAAAAGAUCUUGAAAAUAAUAAAAGUAAAGAGAGAAAUCUUGAGAAUAAUAAAAAUAAAGAGAAUAAUCUUGAGAAUAAUAAAAAUAAGGAGAGAGAACAAGUUCCAAUGGCAGUUUGUUAA